CAUUUUCCUGCAGCAUAAACUGCUGCAAUCGAGUCAGCAAAGAUGUCUGACACUCAGGAGUUCAGCUAUUAUCCUUCUACUGUGUCCCUAGAGAGAGAGAGGGAAGAGGAUAGAUACUCCUCUCGUUCUGAUAUAGAGGAAGUAACCGAGGCCUUUGACAAAGCAAAGUCUAAACUGUACUUCAAAGACAAGGACACCAUUGAAGAAACACUAGCAGUAGUCGGGCCUCAGGAACACUUAGAUGGUGAGAUUGAUGACAGGAUUAAAGAUAUCAAAGAGGAUAUGAGGAAAGCUGAUACAGUGGGGGACGAUAUACCACGUAAAGUCCUUGGUAUUGUCGAAGGUGUCGUUGCUAAAGCAAAGGAUGGUCAUGUUAGCUCUUCAGUUGCUGCCCAAAACCUUGACACUACGAAACCAGCUUUUACCUAUGGACGAAAAGCAGCUGCUGAUCUAUUUGAACUUAAACACUCUGGACGUGAGAGACUGUCGAGUUUUGAUCAAAAACUAAGAGAAUUGUUUGAUUUCCGUAUAACAACAAAAAUGGAUGAAGCUAUUGCAGCAUUACAGGAUUGCUACCAGCUGCUAAAUGAGGCAGAGGAAGAAUCUCGUGAUGAACAAAGAAACCUUCAAGAAAGACUUGAAACUGAGAACUCUAUUGUUGGACUGUCAGACCUGAGCCAGAUCUUAAGUGCAGCAAUGGAGGAAUUGACUGAAGAAGCAAGAGAAGAUAAGAAUAUUGAGGAAAAUUGUACUUCUGACAUUAGAAAGCUAGACAAUGAUUUGAGAGAGUUAGAGCUAUUUUGUGAAUCAUCAAGACAGCAGUACAACCAAAGGUCAAGCCACAGGGAAAGCCAACUGCUGAAGAACAGGAAGACACAAGAGAAACUCAAGAAGGAACUAGAAGAAUUACAAGAGGAGGAGAGGAUGCUCGAGGAAGUUUCAAAAGAAGAGAAGGAUUGUCAGGAUGUUGCUGAAGCUUCUCUACAAGAUGCAAGGGAGAAGUUUUCCGAUUGGAAAGAGCAAAUAGAAUCUCUUAAGCAGCAAGCAAAAACUGCAUUAGAUAUAAUUGAUGACAUGAGCAAUUGCACUGAAAUUAUACUGAAUCAUGCAAAAGAAGAAAAGAAGAAUUGGACUCAUAAGCUUGAUGUGAUGAAUGUUGAAUCUUUGCUGCAGCUAAGGGACUCACUCAUAGCCAAAGCUUGCCUUAAUAAAAUGGAACUUAAAGAUUGUCAAGAUAUUCUAAAGGACAUUGAAGAGCAAUUGGAUCAAAAUAGUAAUGAGAAGAAAAAAUGGGCUCAAAGAGGAUUUAAGCAAAAAGUUGAUAAACUAACAGAAGAGAUACAAGAACUGAUUGACAGUAAAGAAGAAAGGGAGAAAAAAAUAAAGAAACAUCUUGAGUGCAUUGACAUAGUUGAGAAAGAGCUCAAAGGAAUUGAUGGAGAAUUGAAAAAGCUAAAGGGAUCCAUUCAUCUUGAUACACUUCAAAGCAGAUAUGAUGCAUUGCGACGUGCAAAGGAGAAAGCAUUCGAGAAAGAAGACAUCAAUCAGAUGCCAAACUACAGCUCAAAUGCAAAAUAUAAUUGAAGAGAAAGAAGACUCACAGUUUCAAUGAAAUAAACAAUUUUAACUAUAAAUGAUAAGAACAAUAAUACUAAAAGUAUAAUAAUAAUAAUAUUUGUGGCAUAGUGUUUUAUACUGUGCAAUGUCUUGUACUAGACACAAAUUUCAAA